CGUAAUUACGUUGCGUGUACGGUGGUGUACGGUGUCGUAAUGGCUAAAAGUUAGAUGAAACGUUAUACUUAGCAAGGCUGACUCUUCUUUUAGUCUUUGUAUAUUUAUUUCCUUAACUUUAUUUUAAACAUAUUCUAUUUUUGAGUUGAAAUACGCCCUUUGGUAUCAUUUAGAAGUCGGGUUUUUUGUCGCAAUAGAGUCGCCGUUAGCCUUUGAGCUAAAAGGCUAACAGGCUCCACAAUGGAGGGAAGCGCCAGUGUUCGGAGAGCCUUGUCCGGGACUCUGGUUCCGUCAGCGGUCACAACCGUGGCUCUGUGUCAGCCUGAGGACAAAGAGGAAGGAAAAUUUAAGAGAAAAGUUCUCGAUGAAGAGGAUUAUAUUCAGAGCUUGGAGAAAAUUAUCCAAAGGGACUUUUUCCCAGAUGUCACCAAACUUCAAGCACAAAAGGAAUACCUUGAAGCGGAGGAAAGCGGAGACCUUGUGAAGAUGAGAGAGAUAUCCAUUAGAUACGGCUCAUCAUUGAACAAAUCUACACCGCAAACCUCUGCACCUUAUUUGACUCCUGCCAGUUUUGAGACACCAGUCGGUCACUUGGGAUCGCCAUCCUCCACUUUUUGCAGUAAAAGUUCAGAUUUGGAGAGAAAGGAUGAUGACAAAGAAGAAAAAGAGCUGCCUGGUCUGGAUCGUUUUCUUGCUAAAAACACCAGUGAAGAUAAUGCAUCCUUCGAGCAGAUAAUGGAUCUCGCAAAAGACAAAGAGAAACUGAAGCACGCUUGGUUAUAUGAGGCAGAGGCUGAAUUUAAACAGCGCCACGAGGAGAACCUCGCCCUCCCGUCAAUGGAGAAAGCCGCUCUAGAAUGCGUUAAAGCUGGACUGGAAACGUGGGAGUACAAAGCAAAAAAUGCCUUGAUGUACUAUCCAGAGGGUGUUAAAGAUGAUGAUGCGAUCUUUAAGAAGCCCAGAGAGGUGGUGCACAGGAACACUCGGUUUGUUGGAGAUCCGUUCAGCAAAGCUCUGAACAAAAGUCAGAUUCAACAGGCUGCUGCCCUCAAUGCACAGUUCAAACAGGGUAAAGUGGGCCCUGAUGGGAAGGAGCUAAUACCGCAUGAAUCCCCAACAGUGAAUGGAUAUGGCUUUGAAAGGACUCCAUCACCUGCCCCUGGAGUUGCUGAUUCGCCUCUGAUGACCUGGGGAGAAAUAGAGAGCACACCGUUCCGUCUGGAUGGAUCAGAUACGCCAUAUGUUGAGCGAAAUCAUGGCCCAUCAUUCAAGAUUCCCGAACCAGGACGAAGAGAGAGGCUGGGUAUAAAGAUGGCAAAUGAAGCUGCUGCGAAAAAUCGUGCAAAGAAACAGGAGGCAUUGAGGAAGGUUACAGAGAACCUUGCAAGUCUUACGCCUAAAGGUCUGAGCCCGGCCCUGACGCCCGCCCUGCAGCGGCUUGUAAAUCGGACUUCAAGCAAAUACACAGACAAAGCGCUGCGGGCAAGUUACACGCCGUCGCCCUCGCACAGAGUCACCCCCUGCAAGUCUCCCUUUGCCGGACCAGUCACUCCUUCAGGAACGCCAACGCCCACCAAAGCUAAGACGCCGAGCGCGCAGGACCUCACAUCCCUCACGGACAAUCUGCUGCAGCUUCCCAAGAGACGGAAAGCCUCUGACUUUUUCUAAGAAAAGCUGCUCUAAGUUCAAGAAUUUAAAAACUUCUGUUUAAAAAAACAAGUGUUUAUUAAACUUAUGAGAAGACGAUUUCUCCAAAUAAAGGACAGCUAGAAUUUCUAAUGUCCUGUUGCUAAAUUCAAUGGCAAAUAUGAUUAUUAGUGUCUCUGUGAAAUGCAUCUUGUCCACUUUUCUCAAUAAUUUCUUUCUGAAAUGGAAAAUUUGAGAAAUUAUGUAUUUAUUACGAUCUAGUGUGGUUCUUAAAACUUAUACAAACACAUGGGAUAAUAAAGCAAAGCACAAUA